GAGCUUGGUCCUAUCUAAUCCAUUCCUUUGGGACCACUUCGCAGCGCAAAUUGCUCAACCUAUUCCGGAAUGGCCCUUCCCUAACAUCCCCGAAACCAUAAGAUACGGACCUAGCAAUAUUGACAUCGUAAAGGAGGUUCAGAUCCAGUAUAAACAACAUCACAACAAUUUCUUCAAGGAUAGAACAACUCUGUCUUCCUCGUCUGUACCCAUCCUGACGGAGUAUCUCAAGCGUUCGGGAGGGGUACCCCUGCACAUCUCCCUUAUGGCCGCGGAGAGUGUUGGACUCGCUGAUCCUGAUGUCAAGGAUGCAUUCUUCACACUUUUCCUAACACAUGACCCACGCUGGAAGACGUUGCAAUACACUCUUCUCACUGAACCUGUUCGUGCUCUUAUAGGCGAAACUCUCAUCCGAGAAGCUCCCAGACUCAUUCACUUCCAAGGAAUCCCACCGUGUAGUUCUUCAGGAACGCGUUUCUGUUAUUGCCCAUUCUUCCGGCACUUCGCGGAUACACUCGUAUCGCUAGAUGUCACUCUCAUGAGAUUUUCGUCUCCCGACUCAAACCAUAGUGUCACCACUAUGUCUCAUCUUCGCACCCUGAAGGUAUUCUCGACCGAUGCCCUGGAUCAGCUCGUAGCUCCAGUGUUGGACGAGUUGGCCAUCUCGUGUACCCAUCACUCAGCAGCAUCGUUACCGUCUUUCAUAGAAAGAUCGCAAAUCUUCCAUCGUUUGCAAUCUCUCUCUCUACUGCAAGCCACGACGCCCGCUUGUGUCGACGUCAUCAAAAGCCUCACCGUUCUAUCUGAUCUCAUCAUAGAAGACAUUACUGUUGACUUGCCAUUCCUCCGAGGGCUCUCCGUUGCCUGCCCAAAGCUGAAGACGUUGAAGAUUUUGGAGUCCAAACGAAGGCAAGGACCACACGUCCACGUCAGCAAGGACUGCUUAGUCUUUCUUAUCCAGUUCCUCAAUGACCAGUUGGAAAACGGGACGCUGGAGAGCGUCUCAAUCCAGCUGGGCGAGCCGUUAUUUUUGGAGACGGAUGAAGCUUUGAAGGGACAGGUCGAGGCGUUAAUUGCCAAGGGUGUCCAAAUGACUUUUAGAGGGUUCUCAGUUUGGGCCGAGUUUGAGUGGUGAUGUAUAUAUUUGGUUCCUACGCAAAACAGCGGUAUGGUUAACCAGUUUCG